ACUCUAUCAAGCACACAGUUAAUCAUUAUUUAACUACAUAGGUGUGUUCUAAUUGAGAAGUUAACAUGAAGGAUACAAUACCUGAUUUACCAAAGGGUCCUUUAGAUCCUUAUAGAAAAUGUGCAACAUUUGACUGGAAAUUGUUGAAAUUCAACUUAGAAGGAGAGGAUUUUGUGAAUUUUCAGACAAGUUUGUGGAAUUUUAUGAAAAAAUCACCAGUGUUUCAAAGGCAUAUCUGUCGUACAUUAGAUGAACAACGAAAACUUUGUAAUGCUCGUGUUCGAGCAUUAAGGGAUAACAGUAUUGCAAAUCCAUUAACACAUACACAUUGGUUUAAUAUAAUGUUUCAAUACGAAGCCUCUAUACCGAUAAAAAUGGGUGUGAUGGAUGGUAUGGUACCGAGUACAAUUCUUGCUUUAGGUACUGAAAACCAUUAUGACACUGUAGAAAAAAUUCAAGAAGGACAAUAUACAUGUUGUUUUGCACUGACGGAAGUAUCUCAUGGAACAAAUGCAAAAGGAAUAAGAACUACAGCUACGUAUGAUGUGAAAUCAAAGAGUUUCAUCUUGAAUACACCUGACUUUGAAGCUGCAAAAUGUUGGAUUGGUGGUUUAGGAAAAACUGCAACACAUGCUAUUGUAUUUGCACAAUUAAUUACACCCGAUCAACAAAAUCAUGGUCUUCAUACUUUUAUCGUACCUAUUCGAGAUCCAGAUACCCAUAUACCUUAUCCAAGUGUCAAUGUUGGUGACAUGGGUGAAAAAAUUGCAUUAAAUGGAGUGGAUAAUGGAUUUAUGAUGUUCAACAAUUAUUUUAUUUCUCGAACAUGUUUAUUAAAUAGAACAGCAGAUGUUACUGAAGAUGGAAAUUAUAUAGCAUCUGUGAAAAACAAAAGCAAAAGAUUUGGUGCAUCCUUGGGUGCAUUAUCUUCAGGACGUAUUACCAUUACAUCAAUAUGCGCAAAUUUUGCAUCUGUUGCAAUAACCAUUGCUAUACGAUAUUGUGCGGUAAGGAAACAAUUUGGACCAUCGGAAUUUGAAGAAUGGCCGGUUAUAGAGUAUCAAGCACAGCAAUGGCGAUUAUUUCCUCACUUGGCAGCAACAUAUGCCUUAAAAAUAUUUUCUGUUGCAUUUGUAAAUCAAAUGUGUGAAUUUAAUUUGAAACUUAUAACUGCAAAAAAUCAAGAUAAUAUUGAUAGUGAAGGUAUGGAAAUACAUGCACUAUCUUCUGCAACAAAGCCAGUAUGUUCGUGGACUAGUCGAGAUAUUAUUCAAGAUUGCAGAGAGUCUUGUGGAGGACAUGGUUAUCUUAAAAUUUCACGUUUGGGCGACCUAAGAGCUGAAAAUGAUGUAACUUGUACAUUUGAAGGCGAAAACAAUGUAUUAAUUCAGCAAGCUAGCAAUUGGUUACUGAAUCAGUGGUCAAACAUACUCAGUGGAAAACCCAUAAAUUCUCCUUUAAAAACAGCAGAUUUCCUAAAAGAUGCCAAUAAUACUUUAAUGCAAAAUUUUUCUCAUUCGACAAUUGAUGAAACAUUAAAACCAGAAAAUUUACUUUUAUCUUUUACAUGGUUAAUAUGUUAUUACUUAAAAAGAACAUAUGAACGGACACAAAGUUUAAAACGCGAAGGUUGUGAUGAUUUUGAAGUUAGAAAUAACACACAAGUAUUCUUUGCACAAACAUUAUCUUUAUUAUAUGGACAGCAUGUGAUAAUGAAGUACUUUAUAGAGUAUAUACAAAAUCCUUUAUGGAGAUCAGAAGAACGCAAUGUAUUAACAAAGUUAUGUUCACUCUAUGGAGCAGUUAUUUUAGAAAAGAGAUUAGGAGACUUUUAUGCUGGUGGUUAUGCAUCAUCCAAGAGUAAUAUGGAUAGAUUAUUAAGGGAAGGCAUUAUAAUUUUGUGUAAAGAAUUAGUUCGAGAAGCGGUAGCAUUAGUCGAUGUUUUAGCACCACCAGAUUUUAUACUAAAUUCUCCAUUGGGAAUGGCCGAUGGUCAGGUAUACAAAUAUAUUAAAAGAGAAAUGUUUAAGGACAAAGAAAACUUUGAACGACCAUCAUGGUGGAGAGAAAUAGUACGAUCAAAAUUAUGA